GUAAGCAACAACUAGAGAGAGAACUGAGAGAAAGCCAGUGAUCACACUACUCUGCUGCCUUUUCAGUUUGUUUUUUUUUAUAUAUAUAUUAAUCAGACUCUGCAUUAAGAGGUUGUUCCUGACUGUAACCUUUGACCAUGGUGAAUCAUUCUAUUGGCUGUCAAGUUUCCUUGGUUGUGCUAUUUGCUAUAGUAGUCUGUCUAGACCAUGCAGCCGCCAUACAAGUGACCUCCACAGGGCCACAGACUAUCAAAAAAGCCCAGGGAGAGAACGUAAUACUGGGGUGUACAUACAGUGAGAGCCCAUCUGACGUUGGACAGCUGGAUGUGGAGUGGUCCGUUGUCAGUCCAGACAUGACCCAGAAAGAUAAUCUGAUCUUAUCCUACUCUGGGGGACAAGAGUAUAAGCUAGCAAGGCCAGAUCUGAAGAGUCGGCUGAAGUUUGUGGGUGAGCCCAGCCGAGGAGACGCCACCAUCUCCAUCACCUCACUGUGUGUGUCUGAAACAGCAACCUACCAGUGUAAAGUGAAGAAGCCGCCCGGCAUCGACUCGCGAAAGAUCACCUUAGUCGUGCUUGCGCGUCCCUCUGUGCCUAAAUGCUGGGUGGAGAAUGGUGAGGUGAUAGGAAGUACUGUGUCACUGCGCUGCAAAUCUUCUGAGGGUUCCAUUCCUCUAACCUACAAGUGGACGAGAGAGACUGGGAGUAUGCCAGCCACAGCAACUCAGAACCCUCAGACAGGAGAGCUGUUGAUCAGUAACCACUCACAGAGCUACACGGGCAGCUACAUCUGUGAGGUCAGCAAUGAAGUAGGCAAGGAGCAGUGUAAAUACACUCUGAAAGCAUACAACCCAACCAAUAAGGCAGGAAUAAUUGCAGGGGCUGUUAUUGGUGCACUGUUGCUGUUGCUCUUUUUGCUGUUGCUGAUCUGGCUCCUAAUUUGCUGUUGCCAGAAGCGUCGCUAUGAAAAGGAAACUGCCAAUGAGAUUAAAGAGGAUGCUGCAGCUCCAGAGAGCCGUCCUGCUAGCAGGCACUCAAGCUUCCGCUCCAUCAUGAGCUACCACACACAUCACGGGAUUAUCCACAACUCAGUGAGGAACAGUCAGCCCAACAGGACUGAGUCAGGCCGCAGCAACAUCUACACUGACCAUAGCCAAGUGCCCCUGCAAGUCAGCUUACCUGCCAGUGACUACAAACCUCCACUCAGAUAUGACAGCAGAUAUGGAUACCCUGUAUAAGCUUGGCAUGAAGCUUGGAUGCUGAAUUUGGAAUGGUUCUUGGACAGAAUACCACUACAAUAUUAUGGGCUGGUUUGGUCCUAGGCCAAAAUAAGCCCCCUAAGAGGGCAGAAUGACUCUUGUUCUUGGCUCAGUGGGUGAUAUUUAUGAUUUUAAGCUAUUGUGUUUGAGUGUUUGAGUGUGCAAAAUGUGCUGAGUAACACAGAUAGUGAUAAAUUUAUAAAAUUUAGUAAUCUUUGUUCAAAUGUAUAACUAUUAGUUAGACACUUUUUAUAUAUUUUUAUAGGGGUUAUGAUGAUUUUAUUUAUGAGGGACAUGCAUCUGUUAUUCACAUUAUUCUUUCCAAAAAUAUCUAAAAUAAUUAUCCUCACUUUAUCUUAAAAGCAUAUGGUACAGCAGUUUAAAUACAUCUUUGAUGUACUGUAAGUAUUUGGGCCAGUACUCAGCAGAAAUUUUUCAAAUAAUGAUGUCCAGUUUUUUUUGUUGUUUUUUUUUUAAAACAAAUAACUCACAGAAUGCAUUCAAUAAAUUGGAAAUAUUUGGAAGCUGGAAACUUCCCUACUCCAAAUACAAACGAAAAUAUAGCCGCAAG